AUGAUGAAAGGAUUCAAAAACAGAUUGACCCGAAACAAGGGUCAAUCAACUAGCAAAAAAACAGAAAAGAAAGAAAAGGAAAGAGAAAAGGAACGGGAAAAAACUGAGAAAAGGUCUUCUUCACCAAGCAGUUUAAGUUUGAAUACAUCUUCUUCUUCCCUGCAAAGUUCGAAAAAUUUAAUGACAAACACUUCUGGAUCGUUGAAAUCCAAUUCUCCUAGUCCAUCCAGAAAUAAUAGCUCGACAAGUGCUGGGUCGAUAAAGUCUACUGCCAGCAAUAUAACCAUGACAUCAGCGUCUUCUCCUCAAGGUCUGCCUUCUCAAGGUUCUCCCAAAAUUGUUGUUAAUAAUGAUGAGGACACUUCUGGUAAUGUUUUUGGGUCUCCUUCCCAACCAACUAACAAUAAUGCAUCAACUUCUUCUGGUUCUUCUUCAACAGGAACAGGAACAGCAUCCACGUUAUUACCAGGAUCUUCAACAUCCUUGAAUGCGAAUGCCAAUGCACAUACAAGCAAUGUGCCCUCGAUUGUGGCUUCUGGUCCGGCACCAUCAUUCAAUUUGAAUCACCCAAUUACACCAACACCAACAUCUCCAAACUCGUCUAUGGGAUUUCAUAAUCAAUUUGAGGGUAAAGCGACUCAUAGCCAACAUUCUGCCCAGUCUCAUUAUUCCCAAUUGACUCCUAAUAUUGCUUCUCCAGGGAAAGAGAAUAUUGACAUUGAUUUGAUUGUCACCCCCAAAAGACAUUCAUCUUCUCGAUUUGAACCAACAUCUUCGGAUAGAUACCAAGAAAUUGUUAAAUUGCCCAAUUUCGAUGAAGUGUUACCUGAAGAACAAAUUCAAUUGUUUAUACAGAAAAUUGAUCAAUGUAAUAUCAUGUUUGAUUUUAGUGAUCCAACAUUUGAUAUUAGGGGCAAAGAAAUCAAAAGAAUAACUUUACAAGAGUUGAUUGGGUUUAUAUCCAACAACCGUUUCACAUACACUGAUGAAAUGUAUAAACAUGUGGUCACUAUGUUUAAAAAGAAUCUUUUCCGACCAAUCCCGCCCCCAGUUAAUCCUAUUGGUGAUAUAUAUGAUCCUGAUGAAGAUGAGCCGGUAAGUGAAUUAGCUUGGCCCCAUAUGCAAGCCAUCUAUGAAUUUUUCUUACGAUUCAUUGAACUGCCUGAUUUCCAACAUCAAGUUGCCAAACAAUAUAUCGAUCAUGAAUUCAUUUUGAGGAUAUUAGAGUUGUUUGAUAGUGAAGACCCUCGAGAACGUGAUUGCUUGAAAACCACUUUACAUCGUAUUUAUGGUAAAUUUUUAAGUUUAAGAAGUUUUAUUAGAAAAUCGAUAAAUAAUGUUUUCCUACAAUUUGUUUACGAAACAGAAAGAUUCAAUGGUAUUGGUGAAUUAUUAGAAAUAUUGGGGUCAAUUAUUAAUGGGUUUGCAUUACCAUUGAAAGAAGAACACAAGAUUUUCUUGGUUAGAGUAUUGAUUCCAUUACAUAAAGUAAAGUGUUUAUCGUUAUAUCAUCCUCAAUUGGCAUAUUGUAUUGUCCAAUUUUUAGAAAAAGAUCCCUCCUUAACUGAAGAUGUGAUUAUGGGUUUGCUUAGGUAUUGGCCUAAAGUUAAUAGUCCUAAAGAGGUUAUGUUUUUGAAUGAAAUUGAAGACAUAUUUGAAGUGAUGGAGCCAAAUGAAUUUGUUAAAAUCCAAAUUCCUUUAUUUGCUCAAUUAUCUAAAUGUAUAAGUUCGCCUCAUUUCCAAGUGAGUGAAAAAGUGUUGUGCUAUUGGUCAAAUGAAUAUUUUUUGACGUUAAUUACAGAGAAUGCUGAAGUUGUGUUACCGAUAAUUUUUGCAUCGUUAUAUGAAUUGACAAAUGCAACUCAAGCGGGUAUUGAAAAUGGUAUAAUGAAUCAAAAACUAGCUCAAUUCCCUAAUGCUACUACUGAUGCUAAUGGUAAUCUAAUUGAUAAUGGGUUAGUAUUACAAGAUUUACAACAAGGAAUAGCUCCAAGUAUGAAUAAUCCUUCUCAUCCUCACUACAAUAUUUUCCAAGCUCAUGCUUCGAUAAGCAACAACAACAACAACAACAAUAGUAAUAAUAAUAAUAACAAUGAUAACAGUAUAAAUAAUCCAGAUAGUAUGAAUAUUAAUACGGAUUCCAAUGGUAAUGAGAUGUCUGAUGAGGAGUAUUAUGAUCUGUUUACUGGCAUGGGUGGAGGAGCAGGAGGAGCAAAUCCCAAUAAUCCAUUAGGUGAUGAUUUUGGUGGUGCAUUUGAUGAUGGUACUGGAGGGUUAUUACAACAUAAUUCAGCAACAUCAAAUUGGAAUAGAAGUAUUCAUUCGUUAGCUUAUGGAGCAUUAAAAGUGUUUAUGGAUCAUAAUCCAAUCUUGUAUGAUCAUUGUACUGUGCUUUAUCAUCAAUCAUUAGCAGAACAAAAGCAACGUGAAGCAAAUAGAAAAGAAGGUUGGAAACGAGUUGAAGAAUUAGUUCGACAAAUUAAAAAUAAAAAGAAUUUGGAACUGCAACAACCACAACAUCCAGCUAGUGGAGUGAUUUGA